AUGGGGGAUCCUAUGGACGAUCCAACUCUAUACCUCAACACGGUUGGCGCUUUGCAAUAUGCCACAUUAACUCGCCCAGAUAUCCAAUUUGCGGUCAACAAAGUAUGUCAAUACAUGCAACGACCAACCAUCGAGCAUUGGGCCAUCGUCAAGAGAAUUCUUCGCUAUCUCAAAGGGACGCUGUCAUAUGGUGUUCAUUUUGAUCGGCGGUCACCUCUUACUCUUAGUGCUUUCUCCGAUGCUGACUGGGCCGGCUGUCAUGAUGAUCGUAAGUCCCAGGGUGGUUUUGCAAUUUUUCUAGGCACCAACUUGGUUUCUUGGAGCUCCCGUAAACAAGCAACUGUGGCAUGCUCUAGCACUGAAUCUGAGUACCGUGCUCUUGCUAACGCAGCUGCAGAACUCACAUGA